AUGACCAGGAGCAUCCUGAUCUCUCUGCUGCUGUGCGCGGCGCACGCGGCGGCGGCCUGCGAUCGCCUGUUGCUGUUUGGCGAGCUCGAGGCCCGAUGGGUGGCGCAAGACACCUGGAACUUCACAGUGGUGUGGCCGUCCGAGCGCCACGCCGCGCUCGCCGCGCGCGCGGCCGUCGUGCUGCGGCUCGCAGGUGUGGAUGCAGCGGGGCGCGUCAACCUCAAUGAGCGCGACGUGGCGCUGACCGACAACUCCCACAGGCAGUGGGCUUUUGACGCGAAGCGGUUCCUGCGGGAGGGGGCCAACCUGCUGCAGAUCAUAAUACGGCCGGCAGUCGAGGAGGCGCUGCUCCACAAGCGGGCGUACCCCUACCCCGUCCCCACCCUGGCGGCCCCCGGGGCCUGGGACGUCUACAAUUUCCUGCGCAAGCCGGCCUCCGACUUUGGAUGGGACUGGGGCCCCGCCUUUGCCCCCGCGGGCGUGCACGGCGUGGUGGAGCUGCUCGGCUUUGACAAGGCCCUGCUCACGGGUGCCAAUGUUGACAUCAGCAAGUGUGAGAGCGGCGCCAGCUGGCUGGUCCAGAUCGAGGCCACCUUCCUGCUGCCACCUGGCGGCGACGCCGGGAAGCUGUCGGCGCGGAUUGAGGCGCUGGGGGCGUACGCAGAGCAGCAGGUGCAGCUGCAAGCCUCUGCGGGCGCCGCCGCCCCCGCCCCUGCCGUGGCGGAGGGGGUCGCCCGUGUCACCCUCAGCAUCCCCACGGCCGGCCCCGAGCUGUGGUGGCCGGUGGGGCUGGGGCGGCAGCCGCUGUACGAUCUUGUGAUCGGGUUUGAACCUGAUGGGGAGUCAUGCGUGGCCCCCUCGGUCACAUCCCUCAGAUCAUCCUCGGCAGAGGCCGGCAGCCGCGACAUCGGCGCAAAUUGCGGCAGUACCGGCGGCGGGGCGGGGGGUGCGGCCGGCGCCGCCGGCGGCGCGGCGCGCGCGGCGGAGGUGGAGGGUGACGGCUGCGGGUGGCUGCUGCGGCGUGUGGGUUUCAGGACAGUCGAGCUGGUGACAGAUCGAGUGUCCCAGGCUGAGCAGGAGCUGAUGCCGACUCCUGAGGACGCCACGUCAUCAGAUCAAGACGUCACCCCAGAUCACGGGCUGGAUGAUGUGGCGUCCCCGCCAAUCAAGGGCGCCGCCGGCCAGGCGGGCUGGGGCAUCACGGGCGACGGCCGAUGGGUCAACGCCCAAGGGGCGGCGACCAAGGGUGCCUGGUGGUUCCCGGCGCGGAAGCCGGACAGGCAGUGGCCGCAGCCGCCCGGGCACGAGCGGUUCGAGCCGGCGGAUGCGCAGGGGAGUGUGUUCUACCUUCGGGUCAACGGGGUGCCGGUUUACGCCAAGGGUGCCAACCUGAUCCCCCUGAGCGUGCUACCGACCAACGUCACCGGGGCACACCUGAGGCGGCUGCUGGGUGACGCCCUGGCGGCAAACAUGAACAUGGUGCGCAUCUGGGGCGGCGGUGUGUACCCCGAUGACGCACUCUACGACUACGCCGACUCACACGGCAUCAUGAUCUGGCAGGAGGCCGCGUUUGCGUGCGCCCCCUACCCUCGUGACCCCACAUUUCUGGCCAACGUGGAGGAGGAGGUCACCCAACAGGUCCGCCGCCUCAGCUCCCACCCCUCAAUCGUGAUCUGGGGCGGCAACAACGAGGUCGAGGCGUCGAUGGAGUGGUACGAGGACACCAGAUCAAACCUCGGGCUGUACGCCGUCGAUUACGCACGACUGUUUGUGGACACCAUCGGCGGCGUUGUGCGGCGGAUGCUGCCCUCUACGCCGUACGUGGACAGCUCCCCCAGCAACGGCAUGGUCAGCCCCGCGUUGGAGGACCCGUCGCAUGGUGACGUGCAUUACUACAAUUACGCCGCAGACUGCCAGGACUGGCGCCACUACCCCAAGGCCCGCUUCAUUUCAGAGUAUGGCUGGCAGAGCUACCCCUCGUGGCCCACCUACAGCGCCGCCACAGCGCCUGAAGACUGGAGCCUCCAAUCCCAGAUGCACGAAUUCAGGCAGCGCCACCCAAACGGCACGCGCGAGCUCCUCGCCCAAAUGAAUCGCCGCUUUAAGCUGCCGCCGUCCUGGCAAAACGUGCUGAGUCAGCAGGCGGGAGCUGACACGGGCACAGGGCACCACACCAGGGAGCUGCUGGUUUCAAGAGACCGGGACAGGGUGGAGAUCAGGGAUCAUGAUCCGGAUUGGGAUCUGAGGGGCAGUGGAGAUGGGGCUUUGAACGAGGAGAGCAGCAGGAGCACAGGGAGGUCUGCUGCGAAGACGAAGGGGCAGGAGCAGCAGGAGUAUGAGUCAUGGAUCUACCUGACACAGGUCCAGCAGCUGCUGUGCUACGACACGUCCAUCGGCCUCUGGCGCCGCCUCAGAUCACAGCCAGGCGUGAUGACCAUGGGCGUCCUCUACUGGCAGCUGAAUGACAUCUGGGCGGGCGCCAGCUGGAGCAGCAUAGACCACGGCGGCCGCUGGAAGCCGCUGCACUACGGCGCGGCGCGGCUGUUUGCCCCCCUGGCGCUGUCAGUGGCCGAGUCAGAGGACGGAGCAUUGGAGGUGUACGCCAUCAGCGACCUGCGGGAAGCGAUCACUGUCGAUAUCAGAGUCGCCGUCCACUCUGUAUCAUCAUCAGCAGCACCUGAGCAAGGCGGCGACGGCGACCGCCGCCGCCCACACCUCGGCCGCGGCGAGGCGGGCAGCGGCGGAGCGUGCAGCGGGAGGGACCGAGCCGCGGCGAACGCGGGGACGGCCCGCGCGGGCGGCGCAGUGGUCAGGGUGCCGGGCGGCGCGGCGGCGCGCGUGUUCAGCUCGAGCGUCGAGGUGUUGCUCUCGAAGCUGCCCGGCUGCACACGGGACGCGUGCUUUGUGAAUGUGUUCGCGACGCCCGCCGCCGGCCGCGGCCGCGGUGCCGACGGCGGCGGCGGCGACGGCGGCGAGGCCGCCCCUGCUGCGGCAGAGGCGACCUACUUCCUCGGACCGUUCAAAAACCUGCCGCUGAGGGACCCCGAGAUCCGGACCUCGGACUUCGAGCGCGCCCCCGGCCGCGGCGACGCCGUGACGUUCGUCGUGGCGGCGCGCGCCGCGGCGCCGCUCGCGUUUUGGGAGGCUCCGGGCCUGGCCGGGCGGUUCUCUGACAAUGCAGUCACCCUGCUGCCUUGCGAGCCAAGGGUGAUCACUUUUUUUGCUGCCGACGGCGCUGGCGUCACCCCGCAGCAGCUGCGGCGGGAGCUGCGGGUCACCAGCCUGUGGGACCACCAGCAAUUCUAG